GAUCAUGUCUUCUUCCACACAAAUAUCACCGUCGGCACUCCUCCCCAGGAGAUGCAGGUCUAUUUUAAUCUUAUAGGCAACGAGUGCUGGAUGCAUGCAGCAAAUUCGACGAGCUGCCAGUUUUACAAAGACCACGAGGACUGCGACGGCUACGGAGGAUAUAACACAAGCACCUCCGAGACCGCAGAGUUCAUUAGUUCUGAUUUUGAGGUCAACGAUCGAGGCCCUAAUGUCACUGGGGCUUUCUUUAAGGAUACCCUAACAAUCGGCAAUGCUAAGAUUAACUCCAUGACACUGGGUGUUUCAUACAAUGGAAUCACUAGUAAUACGGUUGGUCUUGGAUACGGAGAGCCAGGCAGUUCGUCGGUUUCGCUUCCCCAGGCAUUGGCCGAUGCUAAAGUUACCAAUUCGCCUGCGUUCAGCUUGUGGACAGACUAUGGGUACAACUACGGUGGCAUGAUUCUUUUCGGUGGUGUCGACAAGGCAAAAUACGUCGAUACCUUGCAUACCCUCCCAAUUGUGCCAGGGUCCUCGAACCUGCACAAAGCAUUCCGAGUCAACAUGACUGGUUUGCAAAUCAACAAGACAGCGAUUGCACCAGAUUCUUUUACGUUAGACGCCGCGUUCGACAUCCAGGCAUCUCUCAGCCACUUCCCUGAAUCAGUAGUUUCGUACCUUGCCAAGCAACUUAAUGUGCAGAAGAUUCCUGAGUCGGGACAAAUCAUGCUUCCUUGCUCCUUGAUCUCCUCGAAGACCAAUCUUACCUUUGAGUUCGGCUCGGCCAAAUUUGAGUUUCCUAUUGGCUCGUUGAUGACCCAGACUAGCGUUGAGGAGGCUUAUACUACGGAUUACGAGAACUGCUAUUCGGGAAUUGUGGUCAACAGGAAGCUCAAAGAUGAAGGCAGCAUAGUGCUCGGAACCAACUUCAUUAAUAUUGUCUACACGGUCUUCGAUCUUGCAAAUGAUGAAGUGUCCUUGGCCAACAGAAGGUGGGAUUCAGUGUCGAAUAAUAUCGUUGAGAUUACGUCGGGUUCUAAUGCGGUCCCGGGUGCUACC